UUGACCUUGGGGUCUGUUCCCCAUCCGAAAUAACAUGGGUUCCUUGAAGAUCCGUCCAUCCAAGUAUUACUUGAUUCUUCGGAAAUGUUGUGUAAUAACAGUCAAAUAAAAUAUCAUGAAAAAUUUGUAGACUUAUUAUGGAUUGAACGAUGUGAAGAGAUUAGAGCGAAAAUGGCUACCAAUAAUUCGGAAGAUUGAUGCAGAAAAUUCAAGUGACAAAGCUGUUAGUGGCAGGCAGUCUUUCGUGUUAUCCAUGUUUCCUUAUCCAUCUGGAAUUUUGCACAUGGGACACUUACGUGUUUACACAGUUUCGGACGUUUUAGCUCGUUAUAAAACGAUGUCUGGCGAGUUGACAAUUUGUCCGAUGGGUUGGGAUUCAUUUGGUCUGCCUGCAGAGAAUGCUGCUAUUGACCGAAAUGAGAACCCUUCAAAUUGGACGAAAAAUAAUAUACUAUCAAUGAAACAACAAAUCAAUGAAACAAUGUGUUUAUCAAUUGAUUGGUCAAGAGAAUUAAGCACUUGUGAUCCAGUUUAUUAUAAAUGGACACAAUGGAUUUUUUUAAAAUUAUAUCAAUCUGGCUUAGCUUAUCAUCGUUUAGCUUAUGUGAAUUGGGAUCCAAUUGAUCAGACUGUAUUAGCUGAUGAAUUAAUUGAUAAUCAAGGAUGUUCAUGGCGUUCUGGUGCUAAAGUAGUACGACGUCCUUUACGUCAAUGGUUUUUUCGAAUAACUGCUUAUUCUGAAUCUCUUUUAGAUGGUUUAAAAGAUAUUGAAAAUAAUCAAUGGCGUGAUGUUGUCCAAUUACAACGUGGUUGGCUUGGUGAUUUAAAUGGUACACAAAUGGAAUUCAAUAUUUAUACUUCAUCGUCAUCCACCGUUGAACAUCAUGAAUCUAAUUCACCACCACCACAGUCGUCGGUAGAAUGUGAACAUGCCAGGAAUGGUUUAGUUCAAAAUGAACGUCUAGUUGUAUUUACAAAAUAUCCAAGUUUAGCAGUGGCUGAUUUAAUUAGUUAUAUAAGAGUUGGACCAGAUAGUGUUUAUUUUACAGAUAUCUAUCGAAAGCCUGAACAUAAACGUGAUAUGAAUUAUAGUCGAAAAUUAAUUCUCUAUUCUAAUUGGUGGAUUGAUUCAUCAAAUCAAUCAACCAAUCAAUUAGUUGGAGAUAAUAAUAAAUUAUUCAUUGGUUCAUGUACAUCCGUAUCACCUUGGCCAGAAAUUUUAAAUAUAUUCAUUCGUCAUCCAUUUACUGGACGUAGUAUUCCAAUGAUACGUGAAAUGUUUCCUCCUUUGUCAUUGCAUCAUCAGCAUCAGCAUCAGCAUCAUCAAUAUUCUAAAGCUUAUCCAAAUGAAUUAGUUUUUUCUCUAGAUGGUCAAAUAUCGGAUUCUUUAUCAAACUUAUUAGAUAUUCCUGUACCACCAGGAAAAUUAAUUUUCCCAGAAAAAGAUGCAUCCAAUUUAAACAAAUCCAAUGUUUGCUUGAAUGAAGAAGAUUUAAAACGUUGUAUAUUAUCUACACCUAUUUUUGAGCUUCAUGGGAAAACAGUUGAGGAGUCAACAAAUAAAGCUAUGCAAAUUUUAAAAAUUAGUGGACGUGGUGGUUAUCGAUGUAAUAAUAAUCGUACAGAUUGGUUAAUUUCUAGACAACGUUAUUGGGGCACACCUAUACCAAUUAUUCAUUGUGAUUUAUGUGGGGCAGUACCAGUUCCGGAAGAUCAACUCCCUGUACUUUUACCUCCAUUAGAAAGUUCAUUAAAACGUGGUGAUGAACCAUUGAAACAUAAUGAAUCGUGGCGUAAAACAACUUGUCCUAAAUGUGGUAAUCCAGCGAAUCGUGAAACUGAUACACUCGACACAUUUGUUGAUUCUUCAUGGUAUUAUUUAAGAUAUUUAGAUUCGAAAAAUACUCAAUCCAUAUGUGAUUGGAACAAAGCAGUGAAUAGUUUACCUGUGGAUAUAUACAUUGGUGGCGCAGAACAUGCUGUUCGUCAUUUGUAUUAUGCACGUUUUAUUGCACAUUUCUUGCAUGAUAUCAAUGUAUUACCGUGUAGAGAACCAUUUAAACGUUUUCUUCCUGUUGGUUUAGUAUUGGGUAAAACGUAUAUUGAUCCAAUGACUGGUCGUUUUAUUCCAACACAAUGUGUUGAAACAAAAUAUACAUUGGAUAAAAAAGUUGAAUAUUAUGAAAUUGGCACUCAAACACAAGUACAAAUGUAUUGGGAUAAAAUGAGCAAAUCUAAAUUGAAUGGAAUUGAUCCAACGGAAUUAAUUGAAAAAUAUGGUUUAGAUACAAUACGUAUCACAAUGUUAACUAAUGUUGGACCACAUCGAUCAAGAAAAUGGUCUGAACAAGAUGUUAUUCAAGGUGUUCAAAAUUGGUUGAAUAAAAUGAAUCGUUUAAUUGAACAAUUGAUUGAAUAUUCACAAAAUUCUAAUUUAUCAUUUGAAUUAAAAUGUAACCUCCACGAUCCAUUAUUGAUGCAUUUACCUAAUUUUCCAAAAUAUCAUCAAUCAAUUAUAGAACGGGUUAAUGAAUAUCUCAAUGAUACAUUUGUAAUUAGUUCUGCGAUUGCUCGACUUCAAGAAUUGACUGAGCUACUUAGAAAAUCUUCUUUACAUGUUGGUGGUCCAGGCCCAACAAGUUUCUUAUAUCUUCGUGCAUUAGCUGAUCUCAUCGUUAUGUUAACACCGAUUGCACCAAUUUAUGCAUCAGAAUUAUGGUCAGGUUUUCAAUUGGCCACUACUUGUUCAAUUUCAAAUCAUUCCAAGUCAUUAUACGAUAUUUUAUUGAUUUAUUCCGAUCCAAUGUUAAUACAAAUGAAUGAAACUGAUCAUAAAUAUAUUAGUUAUUGGCCUUAUGAUUUAACAAAACAUGUUCUUCAACAACCAUUCCCUAAAUCGUUGUCAUAUCCUGAAAUACCCGAAUUGCUUGUCGAACAACAAUGUGAAACAAAUUAUACUACUGCUAUUACUACUACUACACCAUGAACAUUGUUAACAUCGGAUGAGGUGCAACGGUGAAGAAUGACCAAAUGUUACGUAAUCAUUUAUAUGUAUAUCUGUUUAUAUCUGUCUGUCUGUCUGUAUAUAGUAAAUUCCUGAUAUUUCACAUCAAUAACCUACUCCUCUUAUAUUGUUCUAUCAAAAUUCCUGACUGCUUAUUUAUCGAUGAAAAUGUCAGUUUAUUUCGAUUAAAUCCUCUCUUCUCCGUC